AUGAAUUCACCUAAUGAAGACGGUUCUUCGACGGAACCGCGCGGAUUCGACGUUGUCGACUCGGAACCUGUUGUUGAUAUGAGAUCCUUGGAAUAUGUCGCCAAGUAUGAUCAUCUUGUCACCUAUGGGGAAUUUGUAUGUGAAUUGGUCGGAAUGGAUGGCAAGCCAUGUAAAAAACUUAGUGAGAGAAGAUACUUGGAAAAAAGUGAUAAAAAGGAGGCUUUUUGUCCACAUAUCGAGUAUCCUUGUGAAAAAUGUGAAGAGAUGGUGAGUUUGGUUAACCAAGAAUGGCAUUUGAGCCAAGAAUGUACCAAGAAUAUGGUCAAAUGUCACGGCUGCAACUUAGAAUUCCCUCAAAAAGACUUUGUAAAGCACGAAAAGUACUGCCAGAAGAUCUAUGUCAAGUGUCCGGGAAAGAAAUUUGGCUGUAGUUGGCGUGGCAGCAAAGAGAUACUUCAACGAAUCCAUCUACAGGAGUGUGUGUUCGUAAAACUAUCUGAAUACUUGACUUCUCAGGAAACAAAAAUGGACGAUUUGACCGGGGAGAACAACUUGUUGAAAUCGGAAUUGUCUGUUCUUUUGGAUUCUGUGAUUCAAGGACGGGUUACAAACUUAGGCUUUCCCUUGGAGUUGGAAGAGGUCUCCUGCAAUUUACACGGUAGCGAAAACGAGAUCCUCGGGGGCAUGGAAGAGGAUUAUGCACAGCUAAUCACUGAUUUUGAGCGGCUGAGACUAAAUGCUCAGAAAGCGAAAAGAGCUCUGGGAGAACUCGAGGCGAGUAAGCAGAUGAUCAGUAAAUUAGCAACUGAUAACUUACAGAUGAAGGAAGAGCUGAACAGUCAGCGACUAGUAAUAAACUCUAUACGGCAACAAUUACAAUUUAUGGUCCUCGAUAGGAGAAGAAACGGUACUGAGGACGAGCCGAAGUUGUGA